AUGGACGCAGAAUUAAAUACAAAAUACGACACAAAGGAUCUUAAAAUGGAGAAGAUGCCUGAAGAGAAACAAGAAGAGACAGACAAAUUGGUGAAGGCGAUAGGACAAUUUGGGAAAUGGCAGCUGAUGUUGUGGCUGCUGAUAGCUUCGCCAAUAAAGAUCUCAUCGGCAUGGCAGCAACUAGGGAUAGUGUUCAUAGCACCCGCUACAUCGUUCAUGUGUGAAGAAACGAAUCUAACGAAUAUCAUAGAAAUGAACACGUGCUAUAGUGAUUGUGUCAGUUACAACUAUUACACGGACUUUGAGAACACUAUUAUUUCCCAAUUCGAGCUUAUCUGCGAGAAAGCUUGGUUGUCAAACUUCACGCAGACAAUUUGCAUGUUCGGUGUCCUCAUGGGCAGCAUCAUCUUUGGUUUUAUAGCUGAUCGAUAUGGAAGACGUCCAGCGCUGUUAAUCUCCUGCAUGCUUCUACUAGUGACAUCAGUCGGGGAGGCAUUCUGUAAAGUUUAUUGGCUUUUCACUGCAGUCCGGUUCUUCAUAGGAUUAGCCACUGCAGGCACAAUGCUCUGCUCUUUCAUCUUGAUGAUGGAAAUCAUCGGGCCAAUGAAGAGAGAACUCAUGAACUGCCUCUGUGCUCUGCCAAUGCCUGUCGGACAAAUGCUGAUGCCACUCUUCGCCUACUUCCUCAGAUCAUGGAAUAACUUCUGUUUGGGCGUUGGAAUUCCCCAUGUAUUGUACUUGGCGUAUUUCUUCAUAUUACCAGAAUCUCCUAAGUGGCUAAUUUCGGUGGGCAGGCUUGAGGAAGCCAGUAAAGUUAUGACGCAAGCUGCUAAAUGGAACAAUCUUCCAACGGAUAACAUGUUAGACAUCGCCAAAAGUAUAGCCAGUGAGAAGGUUAACUCAACCGAGCCCCUUAGGAAAGCUACCUACUUAGAUUUGCUGAAGACGAAAGUACUCAGGAUCAACAUCUUCGGUUCCUGUAUGAUCUGGUUCGUGCUUGGUAUCAGUUACUAUGGUAGCAACCAGUACAUUGGACAGACCAGUUCCAACGUAUUCAUUUCUGUUCUCUUGGCUGGAGUAUUGCAGAUCCCUGGUAUCUUGCUGAGCGGUUUCUUCUGCCGAUACUUUGGAAGGAAGAUAACAAUGAUCAGUUUCUUGAUCGUGUGUGGAGGAAGCAAUGCUUUCCUAGUGGUCCCUGAAGACUGGUUCGCCGUCAGACUGACUAUGGGAGCCAUCGGUGUCGGGUGUGCUUCGGGAGCCUUCGCUACUAUGUACAUGUACACAACAGAAAUGUUCCCUACGGUAGCCCGCAACAUGGCUAUGGGAGCCUCGUCAACAGUCUCCCGAGUUGGUUCCAUGUUAGCCCCGUACGUGGCUGGCAUGACCAUCAUCGCUGCAUGGUUACCACCAGUUGCCUUCGCCAUCGUUCCUAUUGUAGGGGCAAUUACUUGCUACUUCUUGCCUGAGACUAGAGGCAAGACACUAUCAGAUCAUUUGUCUUAG